GCUACGUGAGAUGCGUAGCCGAUGCGGUUCACGUUUGUGAUGCCUAUGUGUAACCGGCCUUCACAACUUCCGGAUUCCUUGCAUAUUCUCGCCGGCUAGAGGUGACGAACUGUCCGAAUUGCAUCAUCUGUUCGCGGUUCAACGAGGACUGCUGAUCUGUAAACUCUGUGAACCGAUAUUCCAAAGAAAAUGGACUCUUUUAGAGGAGACAGGGAAACCAGCAAGGAUGAGGAAAUUAUAAAACAAAGUAUAGGACGUGGACGUGUUUGGUCACAGUUAGAUUCAUGCAGGGGACUCAGACGACCACACAGUGUACUAACUGCUAGUCAAUCCAGUAUAAAAUUCGACUCUUCGUCAUCUACAGUGUCGACACAGCAUAAUCAGGAAGAGAAGAAAUUUGCGCUAUCGCCACAGGCAGCAGAAUUUAUUCCAAAAUCCAUGCUGCCUCAGGUUUUUAAGUCGCAGUCUCCUUUGGUGAAGUCUCCUCUAGCAGAGCCUAACGUAUAUCUGCCUCCUCAAUCUACCCACCAAUAUCAAACGAGUUGCAUACAAGACAGGAUCAGAAUAGCUCGUGAAAUACCACCAAAUGUAUCUGUACCUCCGUCGUUUGCGGAUGAUAGUACUCUAGAAGACACUUUGGAGCAGCAAUGCAAUAUACAAGACACAGACGUAGGAAAUUAUAAUAAUUAUGGAUAUGAUCAAGAUGAUAGAGAGAAACAACAAAAUGAAAAGGAAGAAGCAUACAACUUAGAAACUUAUGAACAUCUCAAUAAAAUUAUCACCAUUUUAAUUAUGAAUCCUGCCGAGUUCACCAAUCUAGUUCCACCAUUUAUGGACAAGCUUAGGUUGAGUGGAAAUAUGCGUUGCUUGCAGUUGGUUAUCACAACCAUAAUCGAAUGGUCUAUAGCGGAAAGUAAUUUUCGAUAUAAUGGAGCACGAUUAUGUAAAUAUUUCGAUACCAGCUUAGAAGAUUCCAAAGAGAUGUAUAUGUUUUCCAAAGAGUUGUUCAGGGAUUUGUUGUGCUUCCAAUGUAAAUUGGAGACCAGAUUACUCGAAUCUGAAUGGCUUAAGCAACCCGAGGAGCAACGAGACCAACGGAAAUGCAAUGGACUGAUAUUGUUUUUAGCAGAGUUGGUCGCUCAGAUGGAUGAGUCUUAUGCUUUCAUUUUAGGAGAACUUUUGGUAUUGUUUAUUACUAGGGUACUGCAAAGACCAGCAUCGAGUUCUGUUAAAUAUAUAUGCCAAGCGCUCAAAUUGGCGGGUCACGUGUUGGAGAAAGAUAAAAGCAGGAGUAAAGACAUGGAGAAUAUGAUGCGGGCGCUAACGGAACUCGUGAAUAAUGGGCAAGUUGAUACGCAUGUAGGAAACAUGGUAAACAGUGUUCACGAAUUACGAAAGGAUUGGGGUAGAAACGCGUCCAAUUAUGAUUCUUCUGGGUCGAGUCAUGCGUUAUUUAACGAUGUGCAGCGACAAUCUGAUCAAUUGGGUGCGUCUAAUUAUCAUUCACCUGAAUCGUUGAAAAUACAGCACCAAGUACCGGAGAAAAUACACUUUAACCAACCAGUGAUGUACGGUCCUGACGGCUCGAUUCUGUCUGCGGAGGAAAGUGAAUUUCUUGAGCAACAUGUAAAAGCUGAUUUAGAUGAUCAAGGGACAUCUGAAGAAGAACCCGAUGAUAAUUAUGACGAUGAAAUUGCGACUGCUUACGAAGAGUUCUUAAGAGAUGCAAAGUGCAAAUAAAAUUCAAGACAGUGAAUAUAAUCUCGCACAAAUGCAUUGAAAAAAAGAGUA